AUGCUCUGCGACGAUGGCUGGCGUGAUCCUCGAUCAGGGCACGAGACACGUGUUCAAGAUGCAGACCACCAGAUGCUGGCACCAGGAGUGGAGUGCACUGAGGAGGACCAAAAGAUCGAUUCAAGACUACAAGGGCGCAGACUGACUUGGUACCCUUUCAAACAUACACACAUCAACAAACCAGUCAACACCCUUUUCAGUUCACAGCAGGAUACACGCCUACGCAGCCGUGGGAUAAAGAAGGUCCACGAAAUGUUGCCCACCAUGGACGUCUUACGCGCCAGGCGUCCAGAUCUGUACAAGGACGACUUAUGCCGACUUUGUGGUCUAGAGACGGAGGAUAAUGAGCACAUUUGGGCGUGCUCCAAGAGCAGGGAGACGCAAGAGGAGUUGUGGGAGGAUGCCCUUGACCGAGUCGACGGAUGGGGAGAGAUCGCCACACGACAGUUCAACAAACAGCGACAGAAGCAGCUCAAGCCAGGAAAACAGUCCCCUCCCGAGACCGUAUGGAGGAUACCAAGAACCAGCAAGCUCCGCAAGGCGCUGUGGUAG